UUCUUGUAUGAACUUGGUAAUUUGACGGAUGUGAAAAAACCUUUUUAAUAUGGUAAUUUGAUUUCGGCAGCGUAGAUCACCAAAAAGAAAAAAAAAAGGGUUCAAAUGAUGUGUCUAAACCCUCCCAUACAAACAGUUUCGCGCGUUUCCUCCGUUUCAACCAACUGCAAAAACCCUUAAACCUCCAUUCUCUCUCUCUCUCUCGUGCAUGCAAGCAUCAGACAUGGCAACUUUCCGCUUACUUCGUUCCCAACUUCACCAUUUCAAUUUCCCUAAUUAUUCCAUCUUUCGCAAUCGACAUCACCAAAACCCUAAAAUUUCCCGCCAUUUUUCACCUCCACUGAAUCCCCAAUUCAUUCACUCAAUUAACCUCAAACAAUCCCCUGAAUCUCCUCUUCUCGUCGUCAAUUCUCAAGCCAAACAAACCCCGUCUAAUUCCCCACCUCGAGAACCCAUUUCCGACAAAAACCCUAAUAGUUGGUCAGUUUUCAGCUCCACAGGAACUAACCCUAAAAUAAGUAACUCCGUCGAAGAAUCGGUCGAAGACCGGCGGAAUACGGUUUCGAAGAGUUCAUUGGGGAAAGGGAAGAAGGGGAAGGUGAAUUGGGUGUGUUCCGAUUGUGGGCAUAGUGAAGGGCAGUGGUGGGGGAUUUGUAAAUCUUGUAAGAAAGUUGGGACAUUGGAGCCGUUUUCGGUGGCGGAGAAUUCGGAGAAGAGAAAGCUUAGUGGCAUUGAGCUUUCGGAGAACGCAAUGCGGUCUUGGUUGCCUCAGCAGAAAGGAGGGCAUAGUGGUCCAGUGAGGUUAUCUGAUGUGAAUCGCGGCAUUAAUGAUUCGGAUUGGAGGAUUCAACUGUCAGGUAUUUUCGGAGCUGAAGUUGCUAGAGUGCUUGGUGGUGGUAUCGUUCCUGGUUCAUUGACUCUGGUUGGUGGUGAUCCUGGUGUCGGCAAGAGCACCCUGUUAUUGCAGCUUGCGGCUUUAAUAGCGGAAAGUUGUAAUGGAGCAGCUCCUGUGGUCUAUAUCUCAGGUGAAGAGAGUGUUGAGCAAAUUGGAAACAGAGCAGAUCGGCUGAACAUUGACACAGAGGACCUGUAUCUGUAUUCAGGCACUGAUGUUGAGGACAUUUUGGAAAAGGUGCAGCCUUUUUGCCCGUGUGCUUUGAUUAUUGAUUCCAUUCAGACUGUGUAUCUAAAAGGAGUGGCUGGAAGUCCUGGAGGACCGGUACAGCUGAAGGAAUGUACAGCUGCAUUGCUUCGAUUUUCGAAAAAGACAAACAUCCCUGUUCUACUGAUUGGACACGUGACCAAAUGUGGAGAUAUUGCAGGACCCCGUGUCUUGGAGCACAUUGUAGAUUCAGUUCUAUAUAUGGAGGGAGAAAAGCAUUCGACACAUCGCUUACUUCGUUCUGUGAAAAACCGCUUUGGGUCUACUGAUGAGUUGGGAGUAUUUGAAAUGUUAGAGUCUGGGCUGCAAGCUGUUGUAAAUCCUAGUGCAAUGUUCUUGAGCGAGGAGCAUUCAAACUCAGAGCAUUUAGCCGGACUUGCUGUUGCUGUAAUUAUUGAUGGCUCUCGAACUUUUCUUGUUGAAGUUCAGGCAUUAUGUGUAGCUGACUCUGUUGGCAAGCAUUAUAAUGGAGUUGUGGCAAGCAGAGCUGAAAUGAUUAUUUCGGUUCUUAAGAAGCAAGCUGGACUGAAAAUGCAAGAUUACAGUGUUUUUCUGAAUGUUGUUAGUGGACUAUCUCUCACCGAAACUUCAGGAGAUCUUGCUGUGGCGGCAGCAAUAUGCAGCAGUUUCUUGGAGGUACCUAUCCCAAAUCAUGCAGCAUUUAUUGGAGAAAUUGGCCUUGGUGGUGAGCUUCGAACGGUUCCUAGAAUUGAUAAAAGGGUUACUACUUUGGCCAAACUUGGAUAUAAGACGUGCAUUGUUCCAAAAUUGGCCGAAAAAGCUCUUGUAGGUCUCAGGUUUCAGGGAUUACAGGUAGUGGGAUGCGAAAACUUGAAAGAAGUUAUUGAUAGUCUUCAAAAAAUGAGAAAAUGAAACCUCCUUUCUUUAGGCUUCCUUUAUUUUUGUUUCAUCUCUUAUGCAUGUGUAACUUUGUCUAUGUAUUCUGUAAUGUAACAAUUUGAACAAAUGUAAAUAUAAAGUAGAUGUGUUAUCACAUGUAUGAUGUAUGCAUGUACUUGCAUAUAUUCAAAGGUGAAGCCGCUAGAAAGAGGUUCUUGUAUUGAACUAGCAUAUGCUUGAAAUGUGCCUACAAAUUUUUUUCCGGUGAUGUUGCUAUGUGAAUAUGCACUGUUGUCUGUUUUCA